GUUCAUUUCAGAAGAUUAGACGGGUGUUACCCCUGCUAUAUAUUUAUUAAUACAUUUAAUCAGACAUUUCAGCACAAUGCUCUUGCUGUAACACUGAGCCUGAAAGUCUUCUACAGCUCUUCUGUACUUGUACAUUCUCUGAGGAUUUCUGGAAACAGGUUUCAGGGUUGAUUUCUGAUUUAUUUUACAGCAUAAUUAAUUUUGAGGAGUGCAUGAUUCUUCUUCUGAGUUGUAAAACUGGCUAUGAUGCGCUCGAUAAUGCUCUGAAGUUGAUCAUUUAGCUUGGGAAGUUUCACAGACACAAGGCAAAGUCUCUUACUCCCUCCUUUAAUUUGUUCUGUAGAGAUUUACAAAUAUUUUAUAAUAUUUGACCUCAAUUACAAGACACAAGAAAGCUUUAAAAAACUCUCUAAUAAUGAAGAAAAUUUUCUGUACAGUCUAAUCAUUUAAAUAUAUCAUAUAUGUUCAUUUCUCUUGUUUAAUGUGUGUUCUGCAUCUCUCAGUUUUGUAUGACUGUUACAUCUGUUAUGUUAUCAUAUAAUCCUGUGUGCUUGUCAGUUAUAUGCUUCAUAGUAUCUCUGAUGUUGGAGUAGGACUGAUGUUUCUCUCUCCAGUACAGCAGGUGGCGGUGUGCAGCUCUGCUCUCUGACUCAGCACACAGGCAGAAGAAGAAGCGUUUCUGCUGGAAAUCAAACUCUUCAGAUCCAUCAUGGGUAACACACACACUGCUGGAGAUCAGGAUUUGUCUACAGGAUGCAGUUCAGUUCAUCAGAAGAGAGCAGAAGCAGAGCCCAGCUGUGUGUCUAUGAAGAGUGACCAGUCUAUGCUUCCCCCAAUACAAUUUAAGAGUGGAAACACAGGACCUGCUGUCAGUUCAGUUCAUCAGAAGAGAGCAGAAGCAGAGCCCAGCUGUGUGUCUAUGAAGAGUGACGCAUCUAUGGAUAUACCAAUGCAUUUUAAGAGUGAAAACACACGACCUGCUGUCAGUGUUGAAUAUGAGUCAGCAGCUUCAGGAGACGAGACUCACAGGAGACACAAGAGUUUCACAGACAAUCUCCAGUCCAUCUUCCAGAACCUUGAGAGCAAAAUGAUCAGAUUUCUGAAGAAUGAACUGGGAAACUUUAAGAAAAUCUUACAGGAAGAAAACAGUCAAGAUUUUGUAAAGGAGUUUACUGAGAACAGAAGCAGAAUCAGAGAAGCAGCUCUUGAUCUCACACUCUUCUUCCUGAGAGAGAUGAAGCAAGAUCAAGCUGCUGAUACUCUCCAGGAUGAGCUGUUCUUCAUUAAUCAGCUUAAAUGUAGCCUGAAGAAGAAAUAUCAAAGUGUGUUUGAAGGAAUUGCUCAGCAAGGAGACUCCACACUUCUGAAUAAGAUCUACACAGAUCUCUACAUCACUCAGGGUGCGAGUGAACAGGUCAACACUGAACAUGAGAUCAGACAGAUUGAAACUGCUUCCAGACGUCAUCAGUCACUAGAGAUACAGGUUGAAUGCAAACAUUUGUUUGAAGCAGCUGAACAAGACGAGCAGAUCAGAACUGUCCUGACAAAAGGAGUUGCUGGCAUCGGGAAAUCAGUCUCUGUGCAAAAGUUUGUUCUGGAUUGGGCUGAAGGGAAAGAAAAUCAAGACAUCAGCUUCAUAUUUCCUCUUCCAUUCAGAGAGAUGAACUUAAAGGAGAAAGAAAGACAAAGUUUAAAAGACCUCAUAACUCAGUUUUUCCCAGAGACUAAAGGACUGAACCUUACAAGAAGCACACGAUUCAAAGUCCUGUUCAUCCUUGAUGGAUUGGAUGAAUGUCGUCUUCCUCUGAACUUUGCUGGUAAUGAGACGUGUGGUGAUGUAUCUUCAGCAGUCUCUCUGGAUGUUCUCCUGACGAACCUCAUCAAGGGAAAUCUGCUUCCUUCUGCUCUCAUCUGGAUCACCAGCAGAUCAGCAGCUGCCAGUAAGAUUCCUGCUGACUGUAUCGACCGGCUGACAGAGAUACGAGGAUUCAAUGAUGCCCAAAAGGAGGAGUACUUCAGAAAGAGACUCACAGAUCAGAAUCAGGCCAGAGAAAUCAUUGAUCACAUUAAACAGUCAAAGAGUCUCUUUAUUAUGUGCCACAUCCCAGUCUUCUGCUGGAUUUCAGCCACUGUUCUCCAGAACAUACUGAAACUGAAAUACAGGGCUCAUGCUGAAACACUGCAGGAAUCUCCCAAGACUCUGACACAGAUGUACACACACUUUCUCCGCUUUCAGAUCCAGCAGAGCAGAAGAAAGUAUGAUGGAGAAAACACAGCAGAUGUCUCCUGGGAUCCAGACCUCAUCCUUUCACUGGGGAAACUGGCCUUCCAGCAGCUGGAAAGAAACAAUGUGAUCUUCUAUGAGAGCGAUCUGAAAGACUGUGGCAUUGACGUCUAUAAGGCAUCGGUGUACUCAGGCAUGUGUACCCAGAUCUUUAAGGAGGAGACGGGAAUCAUUCUUGGUACCAUGUACUGCUUUCUUCACUUGAGCAUUCAGGAGUUCAUUGCAGCCCUUUAUCAACAGCUGUUUCUCGACAAUGACAAGACACAAGCAGAAAACAGCAGAGAUGAGUCCAUGAUUGAUUUCCUGAAGACUGCAGUGGACAAGGCUCUGGAAAGUGAGAAUGGACAUCUGGACCUUUACCUUCGCUUCCUUCUCGGUCUGUCACUCCAGUCCAGUCGACAACUCUUACGAGGCCUGUUGACACAGCAGGAUGACAGAGACCAGAGCAAAAAUAAAAUAAUUGCCUACAUCAAGCAGAAACUUGAAGGGAAUCUGUCUCCAGAGAGAUCCAUCAAUCUGUUGUACUGUCUGAAUGAACUGAACGACCAAACUCUGCUGACAGAGAUUCAGUCUCACCUCAGUAGAGGAAGUCUGUCAUCUGCUCGCCUCUCACCUGCCCAGUGGUCUGCUCUGGUCUUUGUGUUGUUGACCUCAGAGGAGGAGCUGGAGGAGUUUGAGCUUCAGAAAUUCCAGAGAUCGGACGAGUGUCUCAUCAGACUAUCAGCAGUCAUCAAAACCUCCAAAAGAGCUCUGCUACAGGGCUGUAAACUCACUGUUCAGUGCUGUGAGAGUUUGUCUUCAGCUCUACAAUCCUCAAACUGUGUGCUGAGAGAGCUGGACCUGAGUAACAAUGACCUGCAGGAUUCAGGAGUGAAGAAGCUCUCUGAUGGACUGAAGAGUCAACACUGUAAACUGGACACACUGAGGCUACAGGGCUGUAAACUCACUGUUCAGUGCUGUGAGAGUUUGUCUUCAGCUCUACAAUCCUCAAACUGUGUGCUGAGAGAGCUGGACCUGAGUAACAAUGACCUGCAGGAUUCAGGAGUGAAGAAGCUCUCUGAUGGACUGAAGAGUCAACACUGUAAACUGGACACACUGAGAUUGUCUGGCUGUAUGGUGACAGAGGAAGGCUGUGGUUUUCUGUCUUCAGCUCUGACUUCAAACCCCUCACACCUGAGAGAGCUGGAUCUGAGCUACAAUCAUCCAGGAGAUUCAGGAGUCAAGCUGCUCUCUGAACAACUGGAGGAUCCAAACUACACACUGGACAAACUCAAUCUGGAUCAUGGAGGACACACGAGGAUUACAGCAGGACCACGCAAAUAUGUCUGUUUCCUCACUCUGGAUCCAAACACAGCACACACUCGACUCAUUCUGUCUGAGGAGAACAGAGAGGUGAAGAGUGUGAGAGAGAAUCAGCCGUAUCCUGAUCAUCCAGACAGAUUUGAUGAUCUUCCUCAGGUGUUGUGCAGAGAGAGUGUGUGUGGACGCUGUUACUGGGAGAUUGACUGGAGUGGAGAUGAUGGUGUGUAUAUAUCAGUGUCAUAUAAGAGCAUCAGGAGGAAGGGAAGAGGUUAUGAGUGUGUGUUUGGAUAUAAUGCUCAGUCCUGGAGUUUGUUCUGCUCUUCCUCCAGAUUCAUAUUCAGUCACAAUAACACACACACUGAUCUCCCAGUGAAGCCGCUCAGCAGGAGAAUAAGAGUGUUUGUGGAUUACAGUGCAGGAACUCUGAUCUUCUACAACAUCUAUAGAGACACAAUGAGCCUCAUCCACUCAGUCCAGACCACAUUCACUGAGCCGCUCUGUGCUGGGUUUAUUGUUUAUUAUGGAUCAUCAGUGAAACUGAGCUGA